CUUGAUCAUCAGAUCAUGUAUGAUUGGGUGGCGCUUUCUGAGAAUGGCCCAAUAAGGAAAUAUGCCGCUGUUUGGAAGUUUCUCCCCCUCCUUACUAACCCUCUAGAAGCCUAGUUGACCCUGCUAAUUUUCAUUGGUAUUGCAGGUAUAAUGUGACGUAUAUAUUUGAAGGGAAUCAUUUUUUAAGAUUUAAUGGGAGCAUUCAUGUUUGGAAAAUUCUUAUGAUGGCAAGAUCCAACCGCUACCUGACGCAAAAUUCUACCUAAAAGGCUAAGUCUUCGUCAAAUCCCAACCUCCAAUCUCCAUACGCAUAUGCAAUAUGACAAAUCAAAACCAUCUCAGUUUAAAGCCACACCUUAACAGCACCCACCAACAUACCCAUCUCUGUCCUCAAGGCUCCAAAUUCAGAGGAUGAUGAAGACAUGCAAUCUUCAUUACCCAAUCUUGGGUCUGUUCAUCAUUUUUGGUCUCUUUGUGGGCUUUUCUUCAAGUCUCGAGAUCGGAGAGACCUGCAAUGGCGGCUCCACUUGUGACGCCGGUCUGACGUGCCAGACCUGCUCCGCCAACGGAAACACGCGACCCAGAUGCACUCGGAUUCAACCAGUGAAUGCCACGUCGAAGGUUAAAGGUCUGGCAUUCAACAAGUACGCAUGGUUGACAACCCACAAUUCCUUCGCAAGGACAGGCGAGUCAUCUGUUGGUCCGGCCAACCAGGAAGAUUCCGUCACGAACCAGCUUCAGAAUGGGGUUCGAGGGCUAAUGCUGGAUAUGUAUGACUUCAACGAUGACAUCUGGUUAUGUCAUUCCUUUGGUGGCACCUGUUACAACUUCACUGCAUUUCAACCUGCUAUCAAUGUGCUGAAAGAGAUUCAAGCGUUUUUGGAGGCAAACCCAUCAGAGAUUGUCACCAUUUUCAUUGAGGAUUAUGUGACAUCCUCUCAGGGUUUAACCAAGGUUUUUAAUGCUUCUGGGCUGAGUAAGUACUGGUUUCCAGUGUCUCGGAUGCCCAAUAAUGGUGAUGACUGGCCAACCGUGGAUGAUAUGGCACAGCAGAAUCAGCGCUUAGUGGUCUUUACCUCUAAAAAGUCCAAGGAGGCUUCAGAGGGGAUUGCUUAUGAGUGGAGUUACGUGGUGGAAAACCAAUAUGGAGAUGAUGGGAUGAUAGCAGGUUCAUGUCCAAACCGGGCAGAAUCAUCUCCCAUGAACACAAAAACAAGGUCACUGAUUAUCCAGAACUACUUUCCUGAUAACCCCAACUCAACAGAAGCCUGUGCGGAUAAUUCAGCUCCAUUAACCAGCAUGAUGAAGACCUGCUAUGAAGCAGCUGGCAACCGAUGGCCAAACUUCAUUGCUGUUGAUUUCUACCAGAGGAGUGAUGGCGGCGGUGCCCCAGAAGCUGUAGAUGAAGCAAAUGGUCAGCUCACUUGUGGAUGUACCAGCAUUUCCUACUGCAAGGAAAAUGCAACAUUUGGUUCAUGUGAUGUUCCUGUGCUUUCUCCACCUCCCCCAGCAUCGAUUUCGCCUAGUACCGAUGUCCCCAACACCUCCAACGAUUCCAGCACUUCUCAUCUGGAUGCCAAUCUGCUCCAAGCCCGAUGGAUGUUGGGGACAAUGCUGGCUGCAAUUCUGUUACUGUGGUUAUAAUUGCUCCCAAUUUGGUUAGUUUUCAUUCCUUCCAAUUUUUGAACUACACGGAAAUGUCUUCAGGUGAAAUUGAUUGUUCAUGUGGAUUUGGUUUUUUUGGGGCCUUGUAUUUUAGAAGAUGAGAAAUGUUAUAAUAAAAAAUAGAUUGACAUUCGGCCAAAA